CGUGUCGGGACCUUUUGCUGAUCUGACCUUUACCUAACGAAUUGAAGUAAUCCUGGGCAGUUGAACGCGCCGCUGCUCCUCUUUUCCGCAACCGCAUCAAAUCAUCGCAUCGCGUCACAAAAAAGCCAUCCAUCACCUUCGUCGCCUUUUGAACACACGGCGCCUGCUGCAGCAGCCUCUAGGUAUGUACAUUGCAGCUUGCAUAUGUGUGCGUAUCAACAUCAUCAUCCCCCUUGCCCUUCCCUUCACUUCCAAGCACCCGCGAAUUCCUUGCCCAGAGUACAAGCAGAGAGAGGUCGACGUAGCCGACAGUGCGAUCGAUGCAAGACAGGUCGCCAGCCAGUCAGCCUACCUGAAGACGAGAAACAGCCUUAUCCGGCGCCCGACAUCAAGCGCCUGUGCAUUCGUCUUCUCUCUACCGCGCCUAUCUCUCUCAUUUUGCUACUGCUACUGCCACUGCCACUGCUGCUGCUGCUACUCCACGGCCACUGCAGUGGACCACGAUUGAUGAACCUUGAGUGUGCUGCAGCACCAAUUGUACUCCUGGCUCCGUACCUACCCUCCAUCAACUCCACUGGGCACUGGCUCACAGUACCUCAUCUCCCACCUGUUCUACCCCCAGUCCCGGCGUACACUCUACUCUGGCCAAACAGCUUACCCCCUCCAUACAGAUAGGCAACUCACAACCUUUUCACCCACCAGUGACCAAAAAAACAUCGCAAAAGCGCUUCUCUAGCACCAAGUCGACUUGCGAUAUACCAUGGGUAA